AUGGACAUAUCAGACCAGACCGUGCAGAAGAUUCAGAAAUUCGCACAAAAACGCCAAGAAGCAGAGUAUGAGGCGGCGAAAGAGCCUCUCAGUGGAACUGCAUUGCAUGUCUACACGCGACGCUUAGAUGCAACCUUGCAAGGACUUCAAGAGCAAGUCAAACGCCAGCAGGAUGAAUUGAACAAGCUGCGGGAGCUCAAUUCCCUUGACCUAACAGAAGCGGACACCGAUACCUGGGCCCGCGUUUCUCAAGCCCGACGGGCCAAGAAAGCAUACGACUCGCUUCUCAAGUCCAACGAUGAGCUCCCAGCAACAGACUCGGUGUUGCCAUCACUUCUAGCUAUAGAAGAAACGGCACGACUUGUUCAAGAAACCAAGGUCUCGGUCACAAUGACCGCCGAACAGCUGUCUGUGGACCGCGGGCGUCUGCGAGUCGAAGAGGCCAAUCUACGUGACUCUCAGUCAAUCGCAAGCGGGCUCCGAGAGCGGAUCCAGAGAAUCCGUAAUGCGAACACGAGAAAGGAAGAGCAAACUCCGUCGCAGGUGGCACGCGAGCAGCUCGCCCAGCAGAAAAAGCAAAAUAAAGAACUGGACCGCACGUCCGCAAGCCUCAAGGUCUCGUUGGAUAAGUUCAUCGAUGAGACUCUUGCUCCAAUGCUUGCUGCGGAGGAUCUAGGCGGCCCGACUGUGGGCGAUGAUUUCACGAUAUCAGAUGCUACGCUGAAGGCAGGUUAUACGGCGCACGGCAAACCCAAGAAGCAAAAAGAACUGGCAGAAACAGAAGACGGAUCACAGCAGCGGAUUGAUAAGUUUAUGAAACGUAACGCGGACGGGGUUUCGACAAACAAGAGGGAGGCAGCUGCGAAGGAGAUGCAUGCUCUUCUCGAUGCCAUGUUGGAGGCCAACUCCUAUAUCGAAUUGAAGCGCGAUUCGGCGUCUUCGAGGUUCCUGGUGAGAGCCAAGAUCGCCCAGUUUCACCCUCGAGAUGCACGGCGGCUUCGACUAAUAGAUUUUGGUCGCUCACUGGGGAAUUGA